GUUGGAAAAAACCUUAAGAAUUUGAAAAAAAACAUUUUUAAUUAAAAUGAAUCAAGUUCAUAACACCUCUUCAUCUUCUAAGGAAACUAUUAAGGAUAUAAAAGGACUACUGAAGAUACUUAUUUUUAUAGCUAUUUCAGUUUCAUCUAUUCUUCCUAGACUAUUUUCAGUUUUGAAAUAUGAAUCUAUUAUUCAUGAAUUCGAUCCAUGGUUUAAUUUCAGAGCUACGAAAUAUAUUAUUUCAUCUUCUUUAGAUGAAUUUUGGAAUUGGUUUGAUGAUCGAACAUGGUAUCCACUUGGCCGUGUAGCAGGUGGAACUUUAUAUCCAGGAUUGAUGGUAACAUCAUACAUUAUAUACUCAAUAUUUCAUUUUUUUAAUUAUCCUAUCGAUAUUCGUAACAUAUGUGUUUUUUUUGCACCAGUAUUCUCUAGUUUAACGGCAAUUGCAACAUACUUUUUUACAAAAGAUUUAAAAGAUGAACAAUCUGGACUUUUAGCAGCUGCAUUAAUUGCUAUCGUACCGGGAUACAUUUCAAGAUCUGUUUCAGGAAGCUAUGACAAUGAAGCGAUUGCCAUUACUCUUCUUAUGACAACAUUUUGUUUAUGGAACAAAGCUAUAAAGACGGGAAGUUCUUUUUUUGGUGCAUUGACAGCUUUUUUUUAUUUUUAUAUGGCUGCAGCUUGGGGUGGUUACGCUUUCAUUAUAAACAUGAUUCCUUUGCAUUGCUUUUGUCUUAUUUUGAUGGGCCGUUACUCAUCGAAGAUAUAUAUAGCAUACUCUAGCUUUUAUACUUUAGGCACACUAAUGUCAAUGCAAAUUCCAUUCAUUGGGUUUCAACCAAUUCGUACAAAUGAGCAUAUGAGCGCUCUUGGUAUUUUUGGUUUAAUACAACUUAUUGCUUUUACAAACUUUAUACGAUCUCAUAUUUCUGGCAAGAAAUUUCAUGAUCUUCUCAAAUACAGUGUAUUUUUUUUGUUUUUAAUCUCUUUUCUUUUGUUAAUUAUAUUAACGAUGAUGGGAACUAUUUCUCCAUGGACAGGUCGUUUUUAUUCUUUAUGGAACUCUGAAUAUGCAAAAAUUCACAUUCCUAUCAUUACCUCUGUUUCAGAACAUCAACCUACUUCUUGGUCAUAUUUUUAUUUCGAUUUUUCAUUAUUAAUAUGGCUAUUUCCUGCUGGUGUUUUUUUUUAUUUUCAGAAAUUAGAAAAUGAACAUAUUUUUGCUAUAAUUUACAGUAUUAUGGCCAGUUAUUUUUCGGGAGUAAUGGUUCGUCUUAUAUUAGUAUUAGCACCUAUUGUAUGUGUAUCGUCUGCGCUUAGUUUAUCAUCCUUGUUGGACAAAUAUUUAGUAUUUCCAGAAAUUUGGUCUAGAAUAGUAUCUGGUUCGUUUAGAGCAAAAUCAGAUACACCUAUUUCAAAAGUAGUUCAUGAAAAGGCACAGAAAUCUCUAGAAAAACGAAAAUACUAUUCAUCUAGUGCAUUUAAAGCAUCAAAAGAUAUGUCCAAUAAAUUUAUUAAAUCAUGGAUUCCAAGGGUUUUAUUAAUAGUUAUACUUUUUUAUUAUUUAGUAAUCUUUGUCAAUCACUGCACAUGGGUUACAUUUAAUGCAUAUUCAUCACCGUCUGUGGUUUUAUCAGGAUUGACACCACAGGGAAAGGAUUACAUUAUUGAUGAUUAUCGGGAAGCAUAUUAUUGGUUAAGGCAAAAUACACCAUAUGAUGUAAAAGUAAUGAGUUGGUGGGACUAUGGUUAUCAAAUCACUGGCAUAGCAGAUAGAAUUACCAUAGUUGAUAAUAACACAUGGAAUAAUACUCAUAUAGCGACAGUAGGCAAAGUAAUGGCUAGUUCUGAAGAGGUUUCAUAUCCAAUUUUAAGAAAACAUGAAGUAGAUUAUCUUCUUGUUAUUUUUGGAGGAUUGUUAGGUUAUUCAGGAGAUGAUAUAAAUAAGUUUCUUUGGAUGAUUAAAAUUGCAGAAGGUAUCUGGCCAAACGAAGUAAAUGAAGAAAAUUUUUAUUCCAAUUACUAUGGAUAUCGAGUCGACGAGAAUGCAACUCCUGCUAUGAAGGAAAGUCUUUUAUAUAAAAUGUGUUAUUACAACUUUAAUAAAAUGUACGGUAAAGACCGUUCAUAUGAUCUAGUAAGACAACAAAGUAUACCAUCAGAUGAUAUUUCAUUAAGUAUAUUGGAGGAAGCUUUUACUACUGAAAAUUGGCUUGUUCGAAUCUAUAAAGUUAAAAGUCCUGAUAAUUUAGGAAGAAAUUUUUUCGCUAAAGAAACACAAUGGAACCGAAAUACUGACGAAAUUCACAAAACAUUAAGAAUUGAUUGAUUUCAAUAUUCAUAAAAUACUUUUUUUUUUACUGAAAAUUUUAUAU